AUGACCGUCUGCACCUUCUUCCAGCAGGGGCGCUGCCGGUUCGGAGAUAAGUGCAAAUUCGAGCAUCCUGGCAGAGCCACAGCUGGUCCUUCGGGCAAUAGAUUCGGGGCUCUCUCUGGGUUUAGCGGAACAUCUUCCCCAAACCAAUCCCAGAGCAAGAAAUAUGCAGAUGACUUUGGCGUGAACGCAAGUGAUAUCAAGCUUGACCUGACUGCCGGCAAGAACCGUCCAUUAUGGAUCUUUUCCUCCUAUUCACCACAGCAGCAUGUUCCACGCCAGCUGUUCGGUGGUCCUGGGCGCGAGCAAAGUCCGGAAGAGUUACGUGCGCGCCAUUAUGAAUUGGCAGCGGCGGGUAACAUCGACCAGGCGGUACAGGAAUCCCAGGCCAUGUGGGCAGAGUCUAUGAAGCAGAUGGACGUUGCCCUGGGUGAUCUGAAUGGCGCUGUCAAGUUCAUCAUCGAUGGCAAGAACGAGCACCCUAACAGACUCGAUAUCGUUGAGGGCAAGACAGGCCCCAAUGCUAACCUAGCUCCUGGGGCCCUAGGCAAUGCUCCCUCAGCCUUCGGGCAACCAUCGAUUGUAGGUCAGUCAUCUGGCUUCGGUCAACCUUCAACCCUCGGUCAGUCCUCAGGUUUCGGGCAGCCUUCAACUUUGGGCCAGUCGUCUGGCUUCGGCCAACCAUCAACUCUGGGACAAUCGUCCGGCUUUGGCCAAUCCUCGACCCUAGGUCAAUCUUCCGGCUUUGGACAACCCUCGGCCCUUGGCCAAUCGUCUGGUUUCGGACAGCCCUCAGCUCUAGGCCAGUCAUCCGGCUUCGGCCAACCCUCGACUCUGGGACAAUCAACCGGCUUCGGACAGUCCUCGACCUUAGGCCAGUCUUCUGGGUUUGGCCAGCCAUCGAAUUUGGGUGGCUCCGGCUUUGGUCAGCCAUCGACUUUGGGAGGACAAUCCGGGUUUGGCAAACCAGGCUUCGGACAGCCCGCAGCCCCGGCAGCCCCGGCAUCAAACCCUUUUGGCGCUCCAGCUACCUCUUCCUCGCCCUUCAGCCAAAUCUCUAACAAUCAAGCAGCCCCCGGGGGCUUCGGGCAACCUGCUCCUACAAACGCUCCCUCACCAUUCGCGCAAACAGCUUCACAGCAACCUGCAGCUCCUGCCUCUGGCGGAUUUGGACAGCCACAACCAACGUCUGGAUUCCCACCAUCUCAACCCGCCGCAUCUAACCCAUUUGGAGUGCCCUCACAACCAGCAGCAUCUAAUCCAUUUGGGACCCCAUCUCAACCAGCAGCAAGCCCAUUCAACCAGCCCGCCGUACCUCAAGGCGUGCCAGUGCAGCAUGCUGAUGCUGGCCCUCGAGCAUUCCUCAAGCUUGACGACCCGAGCCAACUCAACCCACUUCCAGAACUGCAGGGCGAGACAAGGCAUGAUCCAUCAUCGAAACGUCUGACUAUGUGGAAGGGCCGUCCAGUGAAGUACGUCAAUGACCACCCUUGCUACUUGCACCCGCAAGACAACAGCACGUUGGUCCGCGUCAAUUUCCCCAAUGGACCGCCUGAUUCAGCCAGUCUACGUGAUUCUCAAGCCAAGCCAGAGGAAUACACUCCAGAAGUGGCUGCGGCAUAUGAUUUCUUCCUCAACAACGGGUACUUCAAGGAUAGCAUCCCAUCCGUUGCCCCUAAGAGAGAGUGGAUUAGCUUCGAUUUUUGA